AUGAAAGCGGCUGAAGGAGGAGCCUCCAUUACUGCUAUCAGAGAGCAGGCAAACGGCCUCAGCGAGGAGGGAAGGCCGCAGCCUCCUUUACUUAGAAAAACUUUAGUUGAACUUGUACGCAGAAAGCGUAGUCGUGGAUCUCUGCCCACUGGUCACCACCAACCCGUUCACGUUUCUAACCGGUUUUCCCCACUCAGUGACACACCCACUGAGAAGCCCACUCUGGUGAUUGGCAGCUCCAUAGUCAGAAACGUGGCAUUAGAGACACCAGGGACCAUAGUCACAUGUUUGCCGGGGGCCAGAACGGGCGACAUCAAAUCCUCCCUGAAACUACUGGCUAAGGAUAAGGUUAAAUACAGUAAGAUUGUUAUUCACGCUGGUGGUAAUGACACCCGGUUACGCCGAUCGGAGGUCACUAAAAUUAGUGUUGCUUCGGUGUGUAAGUUUGCCAAAACAAUGUGGGACUUGGUAAUUUUCUCUGGUCCCCUCCCUGAUCUGACCAGUGAUGACAUGUUUAGCCGCAUGUCGUCAUUCAACCGCUGGUUGUCUAGGUGGUGUCCUGAAAACAAUGUGGGCUACAUUAAUAAUUGGCAAUCCUUUUGGGGAAAGCCUGGUCUGAUUCGGAGAGACGGCAUCCAUCCCACUUUGGAUGGUGCAGCUCUUCUUUCUAGGAAUCUGGCCACAGUGUGCGGCGGUCCACAGUUGUGCGGCGGUCCACAGGUGUGCGGCGGUCCACAGGUGUCCGGCGGUCCACAGGUGUCCGGCGGUCCGCAGGUGUGCGGCGGUCCACAGGUGUGCGGCGGUCCGCAGGUGUCCGGCGGUCCGCAGGUGUGCGGCGGUCCGCAGGUGUGCGGCGGUCCACAGUUGUGCGGCGGUCCACAGGUGUCCGGCGGUCCACAGGUGUCCGGCGGUCCGCAGGUGUCCGCCGUCGCCUCUACUUCUUAUCCUCGCAUUGGAACUCCUGGCAGGCGCGACUCGGAUAGAAAAGGUUAUUAA